AAGAAGUAUUUAACAACGAUCAACGAACUCUUCGUGGUCCGACCAUAACCAUUUCAUCUAGUACACACUGCUUUGGCCCGGCAUGUCUUCAAUUCCGCUCUUCUGUACUGCCAAUGUACCAGGUGAUGUGCUCUCAUCCAUUCUUCACGAGGCACAUGACUGGAGCGAAUAUCUCAGUGGCGACAAAAACCCAGCUAUUGCCAUCAUCAAGACUGUUUCCAUGCUUGCUGAACCACCACCACCAUGUCGCCCACCGAUCACAGAUUUUGAAUCGCAAUUUCUUGACAAACAGCCAGAAGAGCUGGCCAAACUACUAGCCACCCAUGUGCCUGAUCCCGGCCUAAAUAAACUUUCUGUCUACGAAUUCCUUAUUGCCGACACACGGACCGUCGAGGAUAAAUCAGUCUUGUUUGUGCAUAAAACUCGGUCAGAGUCCGGAGAUAAUCUGGACUAUGUACGUCUUGCGGCUUCCCAGGCUCAAAUUAUGCCCGUUGCCGCCGCCGUCGGCACCCUAGAUGCGGUUGAGCUGCAGCGAGCCGUUGAUGAGGAUGGCAUAUUGCGCGGGAGCCCACCGCGGCAGAAAGGAGGGAAGGCGCCAAGAAAGCAGCUUCAGGCAAAAUGAACAGACAAGACAAUUCUUGUCUCUUUAUUACGUGAUGACGCAUUACGUCAAGCAGAUUGGUAUUGGCAGUAUAACUCUCAGGAGUCGAGGAAGAAUCACACUGUACGGGAUAUUGGAGGCAAUUUCAUGAGGGUCUUGAAAUACUUUAAAUUAGUUAUGACUAUUUUCAACCAAGAAAAGAAUUGAGACGAUUUGCUACUGCUAGUUCGAAGCGCGAUUUCCCUUCCUCGGAGCCCGAAAUUUCUGCCACUUCAUUGCUGCCUGGGGAAAUGUCUUCAUCCCAAUCAUAUUCCGGGCCGCGUCCUUUCAGAUUGCAUAGUACUGCCAUGCGGUAGUGGUGCUUUAACAGGGCCCUGCUCGGUUGAUACUUUUCUGGCCAAUUAGGGUUUCGAUACGGUAUAUAGACCAUAGGAAUCUUCUGGCGUCUUGAG